AGCUGUAAGGGAAUGCCCUUGGUCAAAAGUUAACAAUAUGAGCAAUUUAGAUCUUUACACUAUGGCCUUUCGUGAGUUAAAGUCACAAUUCAAGGCUGAAGAAUUGGAUGAAGUCAUGAAUGUGAUGAUUGAAAAAGAAAUCAGGCUGAGGGUUGCAAUUGAAAAUUUUGAUGAUGGUACUAUACCUGCAAAGGAUUUGGACACCGACGAAGUGAAUGACCCUAUGGCCGUUGACCAAGGCAUCAUUUAG